CAACAUAUCCGAAUUUUACUUUAAUUCCUCAUACUCUCUAUAUGCAUUGAAAUGCAUUCCUUUUACAGUUUAACAUAAGGCUCAAAACUUUCUUACCCACUGACUUUAAUUAUGUGUAAAGCUCGAGUAUUUCUAACAAUAGAACAUAAUAUUUCAUUUUGUUUAUUGCUGCUUCAAGUAUUAUUGUAUUCACAAUGAAUACAAGCGUAAUACCAUAAAAUAUUGCGCUGAGCAAACAGAUUCGUAAACCGGAAUGGAAUGACUUUUAUAUAUCUUUUGAGCUAUGGAGCCAUCGGGUUCAAUAUUGGAGCAAAGAUAGCUGACUCAAAACUGUCCUUUCAAAUUAUUCGGAUAAUUUUGGAUAAAAGAUGAAUUAAAAAACUGGAAACUUUGUCAAAAUCUUUGCAACAAGGGAGCAGAUGCACUGUAGUGAGACAGGAAGAAAUACAGCAAUAGUCGUAAUUGAAAUUUUAGAUAAAAAUUCAAGAUUCACAGAAGCAACAUAGCUCUGAGAAUUUGAUCGGUUUUCUGAAACCUGUCAUCCACGCCUGCUAAUCUCUUUUGAUAAAAUGCAACGACCAUUGAAAAGCGGAAAAUUUGCGUUGAAAUGUUUUGUUUGUUCCCUUGCUCAAUGUUCCGUUAGUCAAUCGUCAAGAGUGGCUUCCGAGUCACGUUGAUGAUCGACAUAAAGUUACGCAUUCGUCUUUCGACUUUCUCACCUGCCGAACUUAAAUCGAGAAUUAUAGGCUCUUGGGCAACUGGCAAGCUUUGCGACUUUAAUUUAAAGAACCGGUCUAUAAUAGUACUGCAUGAAAAUACAAAACAUAGUCAAUUUCUCAAGACAACAUGAUAUAGAAAUAUGAAAUAUAUGAAUUAUGAAUUAAGUAUGAAUAUAUGAAAUACAACACCCGCUAAGCAUGACGGUUGCUCAAGAGUCUUUAAGUGAAUGCGAAGUGCGACGUUUAAAUCAGAUAGGCACGGCUAAUUUAAUUAAGGGCGGCAGAAAAAUUUGCGCUUGGCAGAACUUGGCGAGCUACGCAAGUAAAGCGCAACUGGGCUUUUCAUGUACCGAACUCAAUGCAUAAUUUAUUUUAUAUCCCAGAAAUCACUUUUGUGGCAAAUCAUGCCUAUAACUGAAUUUCGGCGCGAAUCAACCUGGAAUCAAUAAAGCCAAGAUGGCGUCUGCAAAUGAGAAGUUCUGUUCUUGCCACCAAGUAUAAUUUUCCAGACGAUAUUCAACCAGCACUGGUUGCGUUGAAGUCUUCCGCAUGUCCUCUUUGCCUCCAUUUGUUAGAAUUAUGAAGCGUACCCCCGUGCGCCGAAAUUAUAUCAUGCCUUUAAUUAGAUUUGAGAGUAACCACGUGUGAAUAUCUCAACAGUGAGCAUCGUGCUAAGGACUCGUCAUGGAGGUUUCAUGAGGGUAGACGAGAGAGUCAUAGUUUAGGAAAGAAAAGUGUAACCGUAUUCUCUAAGUAUUAUAUAUAAGAAGUUGUUUUGUUGUGUUAUAAAAAAAUCGUCAAAAUUCAAUUCUUGCCCUCUUUAUCGUGAAAUCCUGAAAUAAUGGAAGCUUACAACACAAUGGCGCCCAACAGUGUGGGCAAGAAUCUCGUUUAAUAUGGUCGAAGAAUUCGAAAGACUGAAAGCGACACGAGGAGCACACAGAUCGGUUGUGACACGCCUCGAAAAGGAAGCAGAAGCCAUCAUUGUGAGCAAUGAAUGGAACAAAGAGCGCAAGGCACGGCUCGAAGUGAUCGGAAAAUUGUUAGAAAGCAAAACUGAGUUGUUGCAAACGUUGGAUAAUGAAAUCGUUGGAAAAAUAGACGUACAGGGAUUGGAAGCUGACAUUUUACAAUCAAAUGAAAUCGAACUUGGCAUAAAAUUCGUCGUUAGUAAAAUUAAGAGUUGCAUUUUAGAAAGAGAACCUUCAACCGUCAUUGAAAUUUCGCAGGAAAUUUAUCCCAGGCCUGAUGAGGAAGGAGAGGGAGAAACAGAGCCCGCAACGUCAGGGGCCGAAAGGCCUGAGCCGUUGCCCGCUUUUAGCUCCCCCUCCCGAUCUUUCAGGAACAUCGUAGCAAAGCCGAAAUUGCCAAAGCUAAACUUACAGCGUUUUAAUGGAGAUAUCGUCAAAUUCACAAGUUUUUGGGAGUCAUUCGAGAGCACAGUACAUCAAAAUGAGGAUCUGGCGAACAUAGACAAGUUCAACUAUUUGAACUCACUUUUAGAAGGGCCAGCGGCUAGAGCCAUUCAAGGGCUCCCAGUCACUGAGGCAAAUUAUGAAUCGGCUGUAAAGUUGCUUCAAGAAAGGUUUGGCAAUAAGCAGAAAAUAAUUAGUUCGCACAUGGAAGAAUUACUUAAACUACAAACGUGUUCGACAGACAGGGCUAAUCAACUUCGUACCAUCUAUGAUCGCAUCAACGUUCACGUAAGAAGUCUCGAGGCAUUAGGAAUCACAUCAGAGCACUAUGGGAGUCUCCUCAUUCCUAUUAUCAUGUCGAGAAUACCUGCUGAAAUAAGUUUGCAGAUCGCAAGACAAGUGUCAAAGGACGUUUGGUCAAUACGUGAAGUGAUGGAAGUUAUCAAACAGGAAGUUGAUGCGCGUGAAAUGAGCGAAAAUAUAAAUGUCAAGGAUCAAAGGACACCACCUGUGCAGAAAACAAGGCCACCUUUUCAAGGAACUGCGUCAUCCUUUCAUGUCAAAGGUCAAAAUCCGAUACAAUGCGUGUUUUGUGAAGGAAAACAUUACACUGCUGAGUGCACAAUUGUCACCGACUUGAAAGUUCGAAAGGAACGAUUGUACAAGUCAGGACGUUGCUUCAUUUGCUUAAGCACGAGACACUUGGCGAGAAAUUGUGACAGAAAACGAAGCUGCAGAAAUUGCGGAGGAUCCCAUCACCAGUCGAUUUGCGAUGGAGGAAAAGGAGCAAGAAAGGACCGAAGAAACAGUGAUAUACCUGAGAACCAUGACACAAGAACAGUGACUGCCACAACACAAGGAAAUGUUAAAUCGAACGUUUUGCUGCAAAUGGCACGAACGAACGCUUAUGUGGAGCCUAGAAAUCAGAAUAUGUCAACAAGAAAGUAUGUUUUCCUGACACGUUGUCUACUUGUGCUUACUUUGAGCCAAGUAAUCCACGGGGAGGAUAAUCGAGGCUCAGCAAUGUUCGAAGUUAUUCACAACCCACAUAUGGAUCUGACCAGCAUGUUUCAUAAAUCGUUUCACCAAUGUAGUAAAAGUAAUCCGUGCAAUUUUGUGGUGAAGGAUAUGACAACAAACAAGUAUGAAACACACAAUAAGGAAGGAGAUAUAACUCAAGACCGGAGAAAGCUGAUAAUAUGGAAAAGAAAAAGAAAGUAUUCAUGUCUUGAUUGGCGAUACGACUCUGCAAUGAUUAAUGGGAUAUACAGAAUAUCAGAUGAUGACGGAGUUGAAUUCAACGUUUACUGCGACUUCAUAUCAGAACCAAACUCAGUAUGGACCCUGAUCGAAUCGUUCUCUCUGGGUAAAAAUAGUCUUUUCAAAGACUGGCCAUUCACAAUUGAUUUCCCGUACUUGGAAGAUUCUCCAAACUGGGACAAUUACAGACUCAGCAAGACAAGGAUGGAGAAAAUCAAGUCAACAUCAACCCACUGGAGAGCAACAUGCAGUUUCGAUAUUUUUGGUAUUGAUUAUCGAGAUUAUGCCAGAUUCAAACUCUCUGCAUUUGAUCCUCUUUGCUGUUACGUAAAUGCAUCGCCUAAACUUGUUGAGUUGGUAAACAUUAGAGGGCACAUCGCUAAAGAUCAAUUGGUCAACUUUUGGCAACCUGAAAAUGCCCAUCUUCACAUUGACUCUCAAGAAAAUACCAAUUUUUUGCAAGCAAAAGAAGGAUCCGUUUUAACUGAAGAUAAUUUUGGAUUCUAUUAUGGCAUAAACUCAGCAUUUAGGUGCACUGCCAAUGCCAGCAGCACCACUCAACAUUGGAUUGGAAUAUACUACCCUUGAUUCAAUUUUUUGUGAUUACUUUAAUCAGGGCUGCAUUGAUAAUUUUGAGGACCUAGCCGAAAAAUUAUAAUUGGGGCUCCCAUAUCGACAUAAGUACCUCAUAAUUACGCCACCGUAAACAAUUUUUAUAAAAGAUCAAAACAAACGAGUGGAUUGUGUUAACCUUAUAAAAAAAUAUCUUGAGAUUAAAUGAAUAAACGGUUUAAAUUGCCCUGCAUUUCGUCAUAAUUCAAUUCUUUAAAGUAGUUGCUCAGCUAUAGGCUGCUUUCUUUUCUUUGCAGAAGCAAAGGAUCCCUUCAUGUGCUUUUGGCCUCAAUUAGCCAUUAGAAAUUGCUCUUAACACAACCUCUAUUGUAGCUCUAUUGUAGAGAUAAAAUUAAUGUUUGCUCUCUUUGAAGAAGAGAAGCUUUUUUCACCUGUAGCCACUCCACAUAGCAAGGCAAGCUCUUCAAAUUAAUAGAGGUAAAGUAAUUAUGGCUACAGAUGUACCAGAAGUAAAUAUUAUUUGUUCGAAAGUUAGAUUUUGAUCAUUUCUCAUAAAUUCUUGCCGAAAAAAUCUGACCAUUCCAGAAAAUUUGAGGCGCAGUGAUCUCUUUGGUUCAUGUGUCAAUGGUUUCAAUGUAUGAGUCCAUUCGAAUAGAGCUUUUGACCCAUUGCAAUAUUCCCUCGUAUAGGAUUGUAUAUAUCUUCAAAGCUAAGCAAUAAUGAAAAGCUUUUGGGCACUUUGCACUAGAUCUUUUCAUGUUGUUGCAUAUUAAAAGAAAAUUCAUGUGAAUUCUGCACUUUCACUUUAAGCUAAAUUUGGUUUAUUUUUAAUGAUUCAUCUUAUUGUUAUUGCAGCUGUUGUUACAUUAUCUUUUCCAACAAAAUGAUUAUAGUACACUUCAAAUGCAGAGACUUGAAUGCACCUUUGGAAUAAACAUAGACGUGUUAAGUUACUUAUUGAACAUCAUACUGUGCAAAAGUAAAACUGUAAAAUGGUAUAGAUAUUAUCACACAUUGUCAACUUAUAUCUUUUUUCUAGCUUUAAGUCUUCAAAUUAGAUAUUGGUUGCUAAAGCGCUUACUUAGUCUAUAUCUGCUACAAGAACCCAAUAGGCCACUGCUAAAUUUUUAACAUAAACGUUUCCUUGGCAGCAUAUUUUGUAAUUAUUAAAUUCUAAAGAAUUUUAGUCAUAAAUAUUUAAGAUUUGAAAGUCGUUCUCAAUAGCGGUCCAGAGUUAAAUCUGACUACUUUACAAAGAAGAAAAUAAAAAACAAACAAAUGCUGGGUCUAGGGGUGUGGUCACAAAAAUGCUUUUUCCAAAUGUGCAAGAGCCACUGAGAAAUGCUACGGCGUCUUCAAAUUGCGUCACAAAGAUUUUCUGAAUGGCAUUAAAUCGAAUAUUUUUGAUAGCAAUUGACACGAAAAUGCAUAAAUAACACUUGCUUGAUAGUUACGUCUUCAAAACGGUAAUUAUUCAAUUUACAUAGCCGUGAUAAAUUACUUAUUGAACACCAUAGUACCGGUCUUGUGCUUGCGUGAUUUUGAUUGGCCUAUUUUGAUCCACAACUGGGUAUAUAUUUUGCAAAAAAUAUUUAUCAUUUUUAUCAGCGUUUGCGUCAAUCUUUUUUUUACCAAACUUACUAUUGAGAUUGGCUUAUACACAAGAGCCGCUAAUAAUCUAAUAAAUAAGAUAUAUAGUAGAAUUCAAGAUCUGAUUAAUAAUCGAUGUAUUGCUUAUCAUGUUAUGAAAGUUUGUGUCUACUAAGACCCCCCUCACAUGAACAAUUUCAGGCCGGUCUGAAACUCAGAUCAGCUUGAAAUUUGAUGGUGCGUGCUAAUUUGACUCCCGCUCACAUGAACAUUUUCCAACCGGCUUGAAAUUCAACAGGCUUUCGCACAUCCGCAUUUAUUGCCAAUUCAGUUCAAAACAAACAUGGCGCAAAAUAAUUCAUAUUUUAUAUCAGUAUUGAAAUCGAUUUUGGUUGAUUAGUCUCUGCUUUGCAACUUCUUUUUGUUUUGCUUCCUCAACUUAUUUCUCAAAUAAGCCAUCUUCAUCAGAAAAUCAAUCUUGCUAAAGAAGAAAAAGUCGUGUUUUGUGCAGAUACUUAGAAUGUUAGAUUCAAUUCAAUGGUCAAACGGCACCAAAAUCAUUAAGCAUGAAUCCCAAAGAGCAAUUUAUUUUUCGCCCCGAUUUGAAAUUCUCUUCUGCACACAUGCGGAUUUCAAGUCGACCUGAAAUUUCAGACCGACCUGAACAACCGAAAUGAACUCAGGUCGACCUGAUUUUCAUUUCGCCUUCUCUCAUGUGAGCACCUCAAGGGCUCAGACCGCAGACUGAAAUUAACGACAAGUCGAUCUGAGUUUAGACCGACCUGAAAUUUCUCAUGUGAGGGGGGUCUAAAGAUUCUGCUAGAUCAAACCUUUUUCAGGGUUAUCUAGAAUCUAUUUUGUGCAAAAUCCACCAAUAAUAAUUAUUCUGAAGAAUUUCUUGUUGAGAAAGAUGAAAGCUUUGAAGUAAGGAGAUUAAGUAUUAAAAGUCUUUAAUGUUUCACUAAGCAGAGGAAAAAUCGAAUUUCAUAUUUCAUUAGCAACUUGUAAAUAGCGGUAAUUGAAUAAAGAAAAAAUAAAAAAAGAAUAAAGAACCAAUUUCACCCCUCUAUGGUAUAUUUUAGAAGCAAUUUGUAGCUAUGAAGAUGAAAUUUGACGUUAGUUUGGGAUGUCAUGAAAACAAAAAAUGAACAGACUUUGACUGUUGAGUAACGUCUUUAUUUCCCUCAUUUUGUAUGUUACAAAAUUUCGUUAGAUUUAAUUCAAGGCUUACCACGUCAGUAUAUCUGUCUUUUUGAACAGGUGAUGUGGUUAUUUACUCUCUUAUUUUAUAAGAAACGAGUACCGGGCAAUCAGAAAAAUUAAAAAACUCCAUUACUCAAAUCAAAAUAAUGAAGAAGCAAUUAAAUUUUGAAAAGGUCCAGGAAGACUCGGAAAAAUCUAAGAAAUUUAUCAAAAUUAUCGUCUGAUGGACAUCAAAAUUUGGACACAAAGAAAAAGAAUACACUUCCCUCAUCUAAAAACAGUAUUUGAACGGAGGUAAAUCUUUUGACAGAAAUGUCACUGAACUUUUAAAAAUUGAUAGGAACAUCGACAAGUCACAUUGUUUGGAACUAUAAAAUCCCUCCCCAAGCAGUUUCUGUCGGGAUUAUUCCUAAGGAACUCAAUUUUGAUUAUAUGACGUCACUUUUUGUAAAAUAUAAGGAAACAAUGAGUAUUGAAAUUGUCCAAAACAUUUAGAAACUUGAAUACUUAGCUUGAACCAUCGCUUCUUAAUAAAAUGGGCCUAUUUGAAACUAUUAGAUUAUACAAUAGUUUCUGGAUGUUUAAAAUGUUAGCUAUGCCUAUUUGGGCAAAAUAGAUGAAAUGAAAUAUCGUGAACUUUCACGGUGAAAUUAAUAUCCUACAAAUUAACAUUGUUAUAUUAUCAAGUGAUCACCAAAUCUGAGCAUGCUUUAUGUACUCUAGUCAAAAAUAUGAAACAAAACCCAGAUUUAAGGAAAAUGAAAAGCACAUUUACAGAAAAUUCAAAUCAUGUAAAGACCUUAAGGGCAACCAUUUUAAAUAGCUAAAUUUUACUAAAUUAUCUUCCUGUUUGUGUGAUAUCAUACUGAGAUGACACAGUGUCAUCAAUAUAGGUUGAAUAGCCAUUUGUAAGAACGAGCUCAGCAAAAU